AUGGCUGCUGUCGCAGAAAAUGGCCACCCCCCGGUGUCCAACGAGAACAGUGCCCCUGCGGUCGCCACCCAGGCGCAGUCCGAUGAGCUAGUCACCGUCUUCCACAACCCCGAGAACUUCAAUGUCAAACACCCCCUGAUGCAUGAGUGGACUCUGUGGUUCACGAAGCCCCCCAGUGGCAAGGGCGACAACUGGAAUGAUCUGCUGAAGGAAGUGGUCACGUUCAGCUCCGUCGAGGAAUUCUGGGGCAUCUAUAACAACAUCACACCGACCUCCGAACUGGGCCUCAAAGCCGACUACCACCUCUUCAAGAAGGGUGUACGACCGGAGUGGGAGGACCCGCAGAACAAGCACGGUGGCAAAUGGUCGUACCAAUUCAAGGACAAGCGAUCGGUUCCCAUCGACGAGCUGUGGCUGCAUGCACAACUGUCGGCGAUCGGCGAGACCCUCGAAGGCGACGCCGACAGCGAGGUCAUGGGAGUGGUUGUGAACGUGCGCAAGGGCUUCUACCGAGUUGGUCUAUGGACGCGCACCGUGGGCAAGAGCAUCCCCGGCGACAAGAGCCCUCGCACGCCGGCGCAGGGCAAGGAUGUGCUGGAGGCGAUUGGUCGGCGGUUCAAGGAGGUGCUGCGGCUCAAGGAUGUCGAUGUGGUGGAAUUCUCAGGACACACUGAUAGUGCGCACAGCGGCAGCACGCGCGCCAAGGCCAAGUACACUGUCUAA